UCAGCCCUGAAAGGCAAAAUUUGUGACAAAAUUGGAUUGAUAACUCCUUCUUCAUUGAAACCUUUGGACUUUGGACCAAUCAGUGAGUGAAGACACACACACACUCAGAGAGAGAAGACAAAAAAUGCAUUACUGGGUUCGAGCUUCUUCUUCCGAUUUCGGUGGCACUCCUCCCCAACCUCGCAGUGGUCACACCGCGGUCAACAUCGGCAAAUCGAAGGUGGUCGUGUUCGGUGGACUUGUUGACAAGAAGUUUCUCAGCGAUAUCGUGGUCUACGAUGUUGAUAACAAACUUUGGUUUCAGCCAGAGUGCACUGGAAGUGGGCCUGAGGACCAGGUAGGUCCAAGCCCACGGGCAUUUCACAUUGCUGUUGCAAUUGAUUGUCACAUGUUCAUAUUUGGUGGGCGUUAUGGUAGCAAAAGGUUGGGUGACUUUUGGGUUCUAGAUACAGAUAUAUGGCAGUGGUCUGAGCUCACCAGUUUUGGUGACUUACCUUCACCACGAGAUUUUGCUGCAGCUUCAGCCAUUGGGAACCGGAAAAUUGUUAUGUAUGGUGGCUGGGAUGGUAAAAGGUGGUUAUCAGAUGUGUAUGUCUUGGACACAAUAUCACUAGAAUGGAUGGAGCUGUCGGUAUCUGGAUCAUUACCACCACCUAGAUGUGGCCACACAGCUACUAUGGUGGAGAAAAGGUUGCUUGUCUAUGGUGGCAGAGGAGGUGGUGGGCCAAUUAUGGGUGAUUUAUGGGGCUUGAAGGGUCUUAUUGAAGAAGAGAAUGAAACGCCUGGAUGGACCCAGUUGAAGCUUCCAGGUCAAGCUCCUUCUCCUCGCUGUGGUCAUACUGUGACCUCCGGAGGGCACUAUCUGUUGUUAUUUGGAGGUCAUGGGACUGGUGGUUGGUUGAGUCGUUAUGACAUUUAUUACAAUGACAGCAUUGUUUUAGAUCGGUUGUCUGCACAAUGGAAGCGCUUACCGACUGGCAACGAGCCCCCUGCUGCCCGGGCAUACCACUCUAUGACGUCUAUUGGUUCACGUCAUCUAUUAAUUGGUGGGUUUGAUGGCAAAUCAACCUUUGGUGAUCUGUGGUGGUUGGUCCCAGAAGAGGACCCUAUUGCAAAGCGGUUCACUGCAUCUCCACCCAAUGAUAUUCCUGAAAAUAAGGAUGCUGCAAUAGCAAAUAAUAAUGUCCAAUCUGCACUCGAGGGAAGCCAAAGGGAACAAUCUGCUGUCUCAGAGUUACAAAGAAGAUUAGAAAUUUCAGUUUCACUCUCUAGUCCUGGGUUUCCAAUUGUAGAUGAGUUGGAAGAUAAAGAAUUCCUUGAACUAGCAUCAAGUUUGUUUGGAGAAAGAGUGUCUAGUAAUUUGCAGGCAAUUGAAGCACUUCGGGAUCACUGGAGGAAGGCUAUACCAAGGUCUAUACCACUUAAGGAGUUUGGGCCCUUGCUUCGUGACUACCAACGUUUGAUAGCCCGUCAUCAAUUUGACAGGGCUAAUGAUGGAUCUGAUCUGCAUUCUGCUGAAGUUGGUUUGCUUGGAAAAGAUGCUUAUCGGUUUUAUCAUAUUAAAAAUGCCUCUCAGUUACGUAUGGAUGAUCUCCCAUUGCUGCUCACGGAGUACAAACAGAUUCUUUCGGAUUAAUUAAUAUAUGGGGAGUCUUCCUUUAUAAGAAAAUAAAUUAAGAUUGCCUAAUGGUCUCCUAGAUUUCCUUAUCUCAUGAAAUAUGUUGGGAGAGUCUUCUUCUUGGAACUACCUCAAACCAUUAGUCCUUGUACAAACAGGUUUUUAUUAUUAUUAUUAUUAUUAUUAUUUUUUUUUUUUUAUGGUGUGUGUGUUGCUUGAAUACAAAUUUGUAAUACCUAUUCAUUAUAAAGUCCUAUAAA